AUAGAGACCCUUCGAAAUAACACUUAACUAGUUUAUAUAUUUUUAACUUGUUUGCUGCACACAAAAGAAAAAAGAAAAAAAAAAAGGUUGAUAUAUUUACUUAUAAUCACACGGAUUAGCUCCGGCGAAUUAUGGUCGUCGUCUUCAUCUUCUUCCUCCAUCAUCAGAUUUUUCCUUAAAUGGAAGAAACCAAACGAAACUCCGAUCUUCUCCGUUCUCGUGUUUUUCUCUCUGGCUUUUAUUGCUGGGAUUGGGAAUUUCUCACCGCUCUCUUGCUCUUUAGUUGCUAAAUCUUUUUCUCCGAUUUUCAAAUUUCCAAUCUUUCUUCUUCUUCUUCUUCUCUUUUGUGUUUAGAUUAUUUUUAGUUUUAAGAAAAUAAAAAAGAUCGCCGGAGAUGACGGCGGUGACGGCGGCGCAAAGAUCUGUACCAGCGCCGUUUUUAAGCAAAACGUAUCAGCUAGUGGAUGAUCAUAGCACAGACGACGUCGUUUCAUGGAACGAAGAAGGAACAGCUUUUGUGGUGUGGAAAACAGCAGAGUUUGCUAAAGAUCUUCUUCCUCAAUACUUCAAGCAUAACAAUUUCUCAAGCUUCAUUCGUCAGCUCAACACUUACGGAUUUCGGAAAACUGUACCGGAUAAAUGGGAAUUUGCGAACGAUUAUUUCCGGAGAGGCGGAGAGGAUCUGUUGUCGGAGAUACGGCGGCGUAAAUCGGUGAUUGCCUCAACGGCGGGGAAAUGUGUAGUUGUUGGUUCGCCGUCUGAGUCGAAUUCUGGUGGUGAUGAUCACGGUUCAAGCUCCACGUCAUCACCCGGUUCGUCGAAGAAUCCUGGUUCAGUUGAAAACAUGGUUGCUGAUUUAUCAGGAGAGAACGAGAAGCUGAAACGUGAAAAUAAUAACUUGAGCUCGGAGCUCGCGGCGGCGAAGAAGCAGCGUGAUGAGCUAGUGACGUUCUUGACGGAUCAUCUGAAAGUAAGACCGGAGCAAAUCGAUCAGAUGAUUAAAGGAGGGAAAUUCAAACCGGUUGAAUCGGACGAAGAGAGUGAAUGCGAAGGUUGCGGCGGCGGAGGAGCAGAGGAGGGGGUAGGUGAAGGAUUGAAAUUGUUUGGGGUGUGGUUGAAAGGAGAGAGAAAAAAGAGGGACCGGGAUGAAAAACAUUAUUUGGUGGGUGGGUCCGGUAUGACGGAAUUAAAGAACGUGGACUUUCACGCGCCGUUGUGGAAAAGCAGCAAAGUUUGCAACUAAAAAAGAGUAGAAGACUGUUCAAACUUCAAACUAGCGUGUGACACGUCAUCGACGACGACGAAAAAAAGAUUUUAAAACUGUUUUUCCGUAAGGGAAAUAAGUUAUUAUUUUUAUAUUUUAAAAGUGAAGAAGGUCCAGAAGGAUCAACGCAAAUAUUAAGGGAUUUUAUGUAUUAAAAUUAAUUAGUGUAUUACAAAAAUAAGACAGAUGUUGAAGUUUAGUAAAUUGUUGGGUUCUUUUUGCUUAAUUUUAUUUCUUCCCAAUGUAAAAGCAUGGGAUUAGAUAUGGUCUAUAAGCUCCAUGUGUACUUUGUUGAAACUUGAAAAAGAGAAAGAAAAUGAAGAAUUUUUUUACU